AUGCACAAGAGCACAUGCCAAAGGGGCCACACCUGCUGCAGCCUGCGCCUGCUGGCACGUGUGCCCUUUCGUGCUGCUUCAGCACCAUCUGCCACCCAUGCCGGCACAGCUGACAGCAACCCAAUGACAGGUGUGCUCCCACACAGCAGCACCAGCAGCAGCAGCAGCAGCAGCAACGGCAACAGCAGCAAAAAUGUGGACAGCAACGGAACUGGCAGCGGAGGUCGCGAGGGUCCCGAUGAACACGACGCACACAUCGACAUCGAUGACCCGGAGUUGUUCGAGCUGCUCACCGUUCGCACAGCUUCACAGCCAGAAGCAUCAGCACUCGCAACAGCGACAGCAGCAACAGCGACAAGAGCCAGAGACGGCUCAGCGACAGCACCAGCGAUUGAGUCUUGCGUUGUUGGCACAAACAGCUGUGACGAGCAGCGAGUGUGCGUUUCGGCUCCCCACCGAGCACACAACUGCCCUCACACGUCCUGCCCAACCACUUGGGUCGCCAUUUGA